AUGGCGGAUGGAACAAAAGGCAUGACGGCUUCUGUGCAAGGGAAGAGGAAGGACUCUCCACCUUCAGGCGGACCGGAGAAAAUGGAGGACACGACGGAUAGUGCGCUCAGUUCAAUAGAUUACUGGGGAGGUCGGACUGUUCAGAAGGCGCGAGGAAUGCUCGAUUCCGUCUUUCCUCCAGAGAAACGAACUGCUUUUGUGUCCAAGCUAAAAGACUUCAUAUUGGCGAAUCCCAAGGUUUCCGUAUGUUUACGUGCACUCAAGACCGUAUGAGCUGCCAUUGACCAACACACUAGGCUUUCCUGGGAAUAAAUCUCGCCCUGACCGGAAUACCUUUGGGCCUCUUCAUCCUCUUCAGUCUCUCGGUCUUCAUCUUCGCCCUGGUAGUUGCCCUAGUCGUUGGCCUUCUUGCAGCAAUCCUCUUCACCCUCGGAGCAGUCGGCCUGGCCCUGAUCGUCGUCUUUCCCAUCAUCAUGUUCACCACAGUUGCAGCUUGUCUCCUGUUUCUAUGGGGACUAGGAGGCUACUACAUCCUCAAAUGGGCGAGCAGUGACAAGGAAGGAGGACCAAAGCAGGCAUCCGAGAGGCCUCGAUUGGCGACUCCUUGA